GGUCCGCCCCGCAGGGCCGGGAGGAGCCGCCGCCGCGGGCACCGGCAGCGGCACCGGCAGCGGCACCGGCAGCGGCACCGGCAGCGGAGCGGCGGCACCAUGGCCGCGGAGAGCGAUGCGCAGCGGGAGCUGCAGUACGAGCAGACCCUGAUGUAUGGGCGCUACACGCAGGACCUGGGCACCUUCGCCAAGGACGAGGCGGCCCGGCUGCGGCUGCAGCAGGGGCACGGGGAGGGGGGUACCCCCCAGCCACGCCGCCCCUCUGAGCUGCUGGAGUACACCCAGGGCCGCUGUGGCCCCUGCCGCGUCUGCGCCUUGCAGUGCCAGCGGUUCCUCAUCUCCAAGGUGGGCGAGGACUGGGUCUUCCUCAUCCUCCUGGGGCUGGUCAUGGCGCUGGUGAGCUGGGCCAUGGACUUCGCCAUCGCCACCUGCCUCCAAGCCCAGAAGUGGAUGUACGGGGGCCUGGACACCAACGUGCUGCUGCAGUACCUGGCCUGGGUCACCUACCCCACCGUGCUCAUCACCUUCUCAGCUGGCUUCACCCAGAUCCUCGCCCCCCAGGCCGUGGGCUCGGGGAUCCCCGAGAUGAAGACCAUCCUGCGGGGCGUCGUGCUGAAGGAGUACCUCACCCUCAAGACCUUCGUGGCCAAGGUGAUCGGGCUGACAUGUGCCCUGGGCAGUGGAAUGCCCCUGGGCAAGGAGGGUCCCUUCGUCCACAUCGCCAGCAUGUGCGCGGCCCUGCUCAGCCGCUUCCUCUCCCUCUUCGGGGGCUUCUACGAGAACGAGGCGAGGAACAUCGAAAUGCUGGCGGCCGCCUGCGCCGUCGGUGUCGGCUGCUGCUUCGCCGCCCCCAUCGGAGGCGUCCUCUUCAGCAUCGAGGUCACCUCCACCUUCUUCGCCGUCCGCAACUAUUGGCGCGGCUUCUUCGCCGCCACCUUCAGCGCCUUCAUCUUCCGCGUCCUCGCCGUCUGGAACAAGGACGAAGGAGCUGCCCGCCUUCGCCGUCAUCGGGAUCGCCAGCGGCUUCGGGGGCGCACUCUUCGUCUACCUCAACCGCAAGAUCGUGCAGUUCAUGCGCCGGCAGAAGACCAUCAACCGCUUCCUCAUGAAGAAGCGCCUGCUCUUCCCUGCCCUGGUGACACUGCUCAUCUCCACGCUGACCUUCCCGCCCGGCUUCGGACAGUUCAUGGCCGGCCAGGUACCUGCCAUGGGUUUGCACGCCGGUCCCCACCCCGGGGCCACCACCAAGCCCGGCUGACCCCUGCCCCUCACCAGCUCACCCAGAAGGACACCCUGGUGACACUGUUCGACAACCAGACGUGGGCCAAGCAGGGGCUCAGUGAUGAGUUUGAGUACCUGGGCAUCCUGGAGGCCUGGCGCCACCCCCGCUCCAACGUCUUCGUCACCCUUGUCGUCUUCAUCCUCAUGAAGUUCUGGAUGUCAGCCCUGGCCACCACCAUCCCAGUGCCCUGCGGAGCCUUCAUGCCCGUCUUCGUCAUCGGAGCGGCUUUCGGGCGCCUGGUGGGGGAGAGCAUGGCAGCCUGGUUCCCCGACGGCAUCCACACCGACAGCAACACCUACCGCAUCGUGCCGGGGGGCUACGCCGUGGUGGGCGCAGCCGCGCUGUCGGGCGCCGUCACCCACACCGUGUCCACGGCCGUCAUCGUCUUCGAGCUGACGGGGCAGAUCUCGCACAUCCUGCCCGUCAUGAUCGCCGUCAUCCUGGCCAACGCCGUGGCCCAGAGCCUCCAGCCCUCCCUCUACGACAGCAUCAUCCGCAUCAAGAAGCUGCCCUACCUCCCCGAGCUGGGCUGGGGCCACCACGAGAAGUACAACGUGCGGGUGGAGGACAUCAUGGUGCGGGACAUCCGCUACAUCACCCUCAACUGCAAGUACCGGGACCUGCAGCACGUCCUGCAGAGCACCAAGAUGAAGAACCUGCCGCUGGUGGAGUCGGCAGAGUCCAUGAUCCUGCUGGGCUCCAUCGAGCGGGCGCAGGUGGGGGCCCUGCUCACCCACCAGCUCAGUCCCGAGCGCCGGCUCCAGGCGCUGCGGCAGAAGGCGCUCUCCUUGGACAGGCACCGGCUCUCCGUCGCCAGCAUCUGCUUCCAGAUCAACACCGAGACCUCCUCGGGGCCCCCCGCCCGCACCGCCGCACGCAAGCCCCUGAAGCCGGCGCUGAAGCGGGUGUCCAGCGUCACGUCCGAGACCCCCCAAGCCAGUGCCGCUGACCCCCCCGGCAUCGCCCUCAAGAGUCUCUUCUGUGCCAACGCCGCCGCGGAGCCCACCGAGGCCCAGGGCACGGCCUAUCGCAAGGCCAAGCACGUCCGCAUUUCCAUCUCGGAGGACAUGGACCUGGGUGACAGGAUGACGCCGGUGGAGAUCCUGGAGUGGGAAGAGCAGCAGCUGGACCAGCCUGUGGACUUCAGCAGCGCCAAGAUCGACCCCGCGCCCUUCCAGCUGGUGGAGCACACCUCGCUGCACAAGACCCACACCGUCUUCUCGCUGCUGGGCCUGGACCACGCGUUCGUCACCAGCAUCGGGCGGCUGGUGGGCAUGGUGUCCCUCAAGGAGCUGCGCAAGGCCAUCGAGGGCUCGCUGACGGCCAAGGGGGUGAAGGUGCGGCCGCCGCUCGCCAGCUUCCGCGACAGCACGGCCAGCGCCGGCGAGCCCGACACCACCGCGCUGCGCCAGCUCUGGGACCGCCACCACCACCACCCCAUGCCCCGCGAGGCCGGACCCGGGGGCGACGGUGACGAUGUCACCCCCAAAGGCCAGUGAGAUGGCGUGUCCCCCCCACGCCAGCGUGUCCCCAGGUGCCGCAGGGGUGGUGUCAGGGGGUGCCCACCCGUGCCGGGCUCGGCAUAGGGGUGGGCACCCUCAAUCCAGUGCCGCUGACCCUCCCCCCAUGCUGGGGGCUGGCCUGGUGCCCCCCAGCCUGCCCGUGCCCCCCACCUCCCUGCCAGCUCCUGGGGCUCCCCACUUCACUACCUCUUCCCCCCUCUCCCCGGUGCCAGUGCCCCCCGCCAGGGCCACCAUCCUCACCACCCCCCCGCCAUGGGCACCCCGAUGUCCCUGCUCGGGGUGGCA